UCUUCCGGUGUAGGGGGCGGGCUCUGUGUGACGUCAUCUGGAGCGGACAGUUGCUAAGCUGCGCACGCGUGUCCGUUUGACAACAAUCGUCGCCGUCGUCGGUGUUCAUCGCCGGCCGGCCGGCGCUCGGACGGUGACAAGUUGGAGCUCGGCUCGCCAGCUCAACACAGGUGGGGAACAGACUUCGGGCGUGCGAGCGAGUCAGGUGCACAGAGUCGUCAUGGCGGCAGCCGCCGCCAAGAUCUCCUGGCGACUGCAGGAGUUUGAGGCUCACGGCAGUCGCGUUUGCUGCGCCUCUCUGGGCAAACGUACGGGUCGCCUCCUGGCGAGCGCAGGCGAAGAUUGCAAAGUCAACAUCUGGUCCGUCAGCAAGGCCAACUGCAUCAUGGCGGCAAGAGUCUGUGCGGCCACAGGAAGGCGGUGGAGUGCGUCCACUUCAACGCGUCCGAGGAGCAGCUGGCCACCGGCUCGCAGUCGGGAUCCAUCCUGGUGUGGGACCUGGAGGCCGCCAAGAGUCAGAACGCUUCCCUUCUUGCAUCUCUGCGAGGCGCCGCUCUGCUUUUGUCUCCAUCCGUGUUGGAGGCGCGCUGUGCGGACGAUUGCUGCUACGAACGCUACCGGGACACAAAUCCAGCAUCACCAGUUUUGCUUUCCAUCCUUUUGGAGACUUUUUGGUGUCCGGCUCCACCGACACCAACAUCAAGAUGUGGGACGUGCGCAGGAAAGGCCCCAUUUACAGGGUCACACCGCGGCCGUCCGGAGUUUGGCCUUCAGCCCUGACGGGAAGUGGUUGGCGUCGGCGAGCGACGACUGCACGGUCAAGCUGUGGGACCUGAAGCAGGCCAAGACCAUCACAGAGUUUACGGCGCACACGGCCGCUGUCAGCACCAUCCAGUUCCACCCCAACGAGUAUCUGUUGGCCUCGGGUGGCGCCGACAGGUGGGUGAGGCUGUGGGAUCUGGAGAAGUUCUGCCAGGUAGGGGCGCUACAGGACACGGGCGCCAUCAGGUGUGUCAUGUUCAGCGCCGACGGCGGCUGCCUGUUCAGCGGCCACGCCGACGUCCUGGGCGUGUGCGCGUGGGAACCCGAGCGCUGGCUGGACACUGUGACGGUGGGCUGGGGGCGAGUGGCCGACCUGGCGCUCUGCAACCAGCAGCUGGUGGGCGUGUCUCACCAGCUGAGCAGCGUGUCAACCUACGUGGUGGACCUUAAGCGCGUCAAGUCCAGCGCUGCGCCAAACGCCGCCGCGGAGAAUGACAUGGCUCCGGCGGCCCCGGCCGGCGUGCAGCCCACCGGCGGCAAGGCGGGCGGACCGCGCCGCAGCUACCAACGCCCGGCCUCGCCGUCUCAAGGCCUCAAGAGGAGCGCGGAAGCCGAGUUGCGGAGUCCCGAAGGGGAGAGGCGUAGCCCCAGCGAAGACGAGGCGGACGACAAAGCUUCCUCGGCCCAAAUCCACAACGCGCAAGACUACCGGGAAAUAUUCCAGCCCCGCAACGCCAUCUGUCGGACGCCCCCCGGGAUGUCGGAGCCUUUUCCCGCCCCGCCCGAGGACGAAGGAGCCGAUGGCAAUGCGGCGGUGCUUUGUCCCGACCAACAGCCGCCGGUUUCCACGUCGGCGGCCCCGUCCACUCCGGUCCAGCGGGUAGAGCCGACGGUGGUUGCCUGUGCGAAACGGGCCGCCUCGUCCGCCAGCGAGCAAGCCCAGCCUCCGCCGGUCGAAAUAUUCCCGGCCAGCAGGAGCGAGCCCAGCGGCCUGGACGUGGCCGACUUCCUGUCGGCCCGCCGCGGCGGAGGAAUCCUAAGCGAGAGCGACGUUUUGAAUCACAUCCAAAACGGGCACGCCACCAUGUGCGUCAUGCUCAGCAACCGACGCAAGAACCUGCAAAGUGUCAGGGAUGUGUGGGCCCGCCAGGGCAUCAAGAGCGCGCUGGACGUCGCCGUCGCAAUGAACGACCUGUCCAUCGUCGUGGAUGUCCUCAACAUCAUCAACGUGCAACCGUCGCUAUGGACUUUGGAUGUGUGCGCAAGCAGCCUUCCUCAGAUUGACACCCUUCUGCAGAGUAAAUAUGAAAGUUACAUGCAGUGCGGUUGCACAUCCCUGAAGAUCAUCAUGAAAUAUUUCUGGCCGCUGGUCUGCGAAACGCUGAGGGCGGGGCCAUCGGUGGGCGUGGACGUCACGCGAGAGGAACGGCAGCAGAAGUGCCACGUGUGCAGCAAGCAUCUGCACAACAUCAACAACGUGGUGAAGAGCAAAGCGGCGCAGGUGGGGCGGCACGGCUCCGCCUUCGGGGAACUGCGGAUGCUCAUGGCGCAGCUGGACCAACACUCCUGAACGCCGGCAGAUCCCCCUCUGCUCGGUCGCCUCUGCGCCCGCCCGGCGCCGGCCGGCCGGCAGAAUUUGGCCGCGGGGCAAAUUCGGGCCUCGCUCCGAGGAAGUGCGCUGACGACGGGAUUCGGAGCGGACCGACUCGCCCGAGCCGCUUAGUGCCUUUGGCCCAUUUGGGAAUAGGCACCGCGUCCGUUUUUCAAUGGCCGAUGGCGAGAUGGCCACUUUGAUAGGGCGGCGCAUAUUGUUAGCGCUCCAUGGAAAUGGUGAUUCUCCGUGUCAUCGAUGCACACUGAAGACGUUGUGUACGCACGUAUUUUGGAAAUAAAACAAAAUCUUUUCAA